AUGCUGACUUCUUCGACAUCAUCAAGUGAUAAUCUUGAGCAGUUAUUGUAUCGAAUACGAACCGAUAGUUCAUUUCAAGUAGCUUCUCUAUCUAUAAGGCAGGUCCAGUUAUUGGAAACAAUGGUUGGUAACUAUUUGUGUGGAGUUUUGAGUCGACACUCUAAUGGUAGUAUAAGUAUAUGUUGUAAUAGUGUCACUUGUGAAAAGCAUUCUUAUCGACAAAAAUUAAAGGUUCACCGAAGAUUACCCCUUGAAAUCAUCCAUCUUCAAUUGCGGGAUACUUUUGAUGCUAACAUCUUAAAAAGUUUACAACGUUAUGUUAAGCUUCGAGACAUGAGCCUUCUGUCGAAUGCUACCGUAUGCUACCCAUUAUCUUCCGAAGUUCUCGACAUUCAUGAGGAAGGAGUCCAGCUUCUCCGCCAUUGUCUUCCUAGUCAAACUUCACAAUCGCGUGCUAAUGUCCCUUUAGGCGAAUCCGACUUGAAUGCUGCUUCUUUUGCCAAAUCUGACUUACUGGAUGAGUAUGGAUUGUUGCUUAAUAUUCGGCGUUCAGGUGCAAAGCGACUGGUUCGACCUAUAAAAAAGGAUUAUGCACACAAGUUAUCUCGCUCAGCAGGUGAGACGCCGGCCGAGGUUGUUUCCUACCUAAACUUAAAGUUGCAGCCGUACUAUGCCAAUGAUUUCUUAAGAAGAAGAGAAUUGGAACAACGGUUCGGAUUCCAAAACACCAUGAAUAGGUUUAAUUAA